CUCCUCUGAAAACACAGCCCAACCACCGAGGCAGCGUCUACUAUAUCUGUUCCCUCGCAUGCGCCACGCCAAACUUGGACGCGCCACCCACGAUUGCCCACGAUGUCGGUCCUUCUCGAGACCAGCGCCGGCGACAUUGUGAUUGACCUUUUGGUCGAUUACGCGCCCAAGAUGUGCGAGAACUUCCUCAAACUCUGCAAGGUCAAAUACUACAACUUCUCGCCCAUCCACUCCAUCCAAAAGUCCUUCUCCUUCCAGACCGGCGACCCCCUCGGUCCCUUGUCCUCCGAAUCCGAUGGCGGACAGUCCAUCUGGGGCCUCCUCUCCGGCGACCCCUCGGAAAAGACCUUCCCAGCCCUCUUCCACCCCAAACUCAAACACCUCGAGCGUGGCACCGUCAGCAUGGCCACCGUCCCGCACCCUUCCGACCCCGAUACCCGCCUCGCCGGCUCCCAAUUCAUCGUCACCCUCGGCGACAACACCGACUACCUGGACGGGAAGGCCGCCAUCUUCGGCAAGGUCGUCGAAGGCUUUGAUGUUUUGGAGAAAAUCAACGACGCCAUCGUCGACGAGCGCGGCCACCCCCUGGUCGACAUCCGCAUCAAACACACCGUCAUUCUCGACGACCCGUACCCUGACCCGGCCGGCAUGCGCGAGCCAAGCGCUUCACCACCGCCCAGCAAAGCCCAACUAGCCACGGUCCGCAUCGCCGAAGGCGAAGAGCUACUAGAUGUCGAAGCCAGCGAAGAAGCCGCCGCCGAAGCAGAACGAAGGCGUCGAGAGCGCGAAGCGGCUGCACAAGCACUCACGCUGGAAAUGAUGGGCGACCUACCCUUUGCCGAAGUCAAGCCGCCCGAGAACGUCCUGUUCGUGUGCAAGUUGAACCCAGUAACGACGGACGAAGACCUCGAGCUGAUCUUUAGCCGGUUUGGCAAGAUCUUGAGCUGUGAAGUGAUCAGGGAUCAAAAGACGGGAGACAGUUUGCAGUAUGCGUUUAUCGAGUUCGAAGACAAAAAGAGCUGCGAGGAGGCUUACUCCAAGAUGGACUCGGUGUUGAUUGAUGACCGGAGAAUCCACGUGGAUUUCAGUCAGAGCGUCAGCAAGCUGAGUGAUGUGUGGCGGUCAGAGACGAACUCAAAGAGGAAGAGUGCGGCGAGGAGAGGAGGGGGUGGAGGAUGGGGUGGUGUUGACGAGUUGGAGAAGUGGAGGAAGUAUAGAGAUGAGGAUGUUGAGUGGCGGAAUGACGAUAGCUAUCAGAUGGUGCACGGAGUGGAGGACUUGAAGGGGAGGAGGCUUGAUGGUGAUAAGCCUCCUGCUAGGGAUUCUCGACCUGAUGUUGGUGGUGGCCGUGACAGGUCCAUGUCUAGGCGCAGUAGGAGUCCUCGAAGGGACCGUGACCGGCGGGACGACCGUGACAACAGACGCGGGCCAAGAGAUGCUGACCGCCGCCGAGAUGAUCGAGACUCGGACCGCAGAGACAGACGCGGCGACCGUAGUCGUGACCGAUACCGCGACCGAGACUACAAUGACAGGGACCACCGCAGAGGCAGAGACAGAGACAAUAGAGGUCGCGAUGACUACAGGAGGAGGUAGGCACGCACGCACACACAGCAAACUUGCAUUAGGGGGGCAUAUUCUAUCUUUGUCGCCCCAGAUCCGCCGCCAAUCUCUCUCCCCGAAAAAAAUGCACAUUUCGGAACCGAGAUCUGCCUUGGCUUGUUACAGUCUGGCUGAAUAGGGCUGACACUCGUAUGCAAUAAUGUUGGGCUACCACCACCACGACUACUUACUCCAUCGCUUACGAGCAUCCAACUGUCUCGGACCUAACCUAGCU